UCUGGGGCUUCUAUCUCUGUCCCGAGAAUAGAGAGCGUGGCAGCAGGGUUAUCUUGCUCAGGCAGGGAAGAGGAUCGGCUAUGGAGCUCCUCCUGGUAGGGGCGAUAUUGGGGGCCCUCGGAGGCUCCGCAGCGACACUCCCGGGCUCAGAAUCCCCCCCGGCGCUGCUCCCCCGAAACAUAGCCAGGAUGGCGGUCGAAGAAUACAACCAGGAAUCGGGCGGGCAAGUCGUCUUCAGGCUGUGGAAGAUCAGGAGCACACGCAAAACAAGAUUUGACUGGGGGGUUCACUUCAGCAUGGACUUCACCAUCAAGGAGACCCUCUGUCAGAAAACGGGCAAGUACAGGAUUGGAGACUGCAAACACAAACCGAAUGGGACUAUCAGGGAUUGUUCUGCCGAGGUCUCAGUUCAUAACUUCAUGCAAGAUUCACCGCUGACAUCUGUGAAUUGCCACCCGUUGCAGGCAAACAACCCCAACAGCAGAAACGCCAGACCCCAAGCAAUGGCGGCCGCCCAGCCCAGAAUAUUUGUGGAGCAGUACUUCCCAUCUUCCUUUUCCACUGCAGCUCUGACAGCCCCCGAAGAGGAGUAGAGGCACCCCCUGCCCUCUUCCGCUGAGCUGAGGGUCCCUCUCAGAGUUGGGGUCUUUCCGAAAGCCCUUUGGUCCCGUGGACACCUAUCGUUGAUUUUCCAAACUCGUUCAGCUGGUAGAAUAUUACUGUAGACGUGUGGUAUCCAAAUAUUGUUAGUUAUUCUAGGAUGCCACUGAGGUUUUUGUGCGUUUUAAAUGUUGCCUAUUAGCAACGUACAAACGGACCGCUUAUAGACGCAGACUUUCUUUGGAUAAAUAGAAUGAUACUUGGGAUGACUUUAUGCAGAAUACACGAGCUUAUUGAUAAAGGAAUUUGUAUUGGGAUAAUACAACUCUACAUGUUUGUAUACUAAUGUGGGGAAAUGUAACU